ACAUCUUUGAAGUUUUUGAUUCAACAUGGUAAUACCUAUUUCUAAAGCGUACAAAUUUAUCAGUGUUCUGUGGAAGGCUAUGGUACCGAAGAUAUCUCCCCGGUGGCUGUAGUUCUUGUCAUCAAUACAAUUUACAUGUAAAGUCAGUUGUUACGAAGCGUUACUUGUAAUCAUCGUGGUAGAAAUUAUAUAAGUUCAAAUCGUAGAACUUCUUGUGCGGAACUCUUCAUGAUGGAUGAUUCGGAAGAUGUUAUGUUCGAAGAUGGAGAUUUUGAAGUACUCGACGAAUGUGUGGAGGACGAUGAAGUACUUAUCAUUGAGCCUAAUGCCAGUUCUAAGACUGAGAUAGGUCCGUCUGUAAAUACAAAAAGCAAUGAUAUGAAACCUACAACUACUGUGGUAGUAACAGAUAUUUUGCCUGAUGAUACAUCUUUUGCAAAAGAGCCUGAAAAUAAUUCUAUAUCUAUGACUACAAAUGAUAAUGACGCAAAGGAUAAGAAAGAUGAAAUCACAGACGAUGACAUUAUGAGUCAUUUGGAUGAAAUUGAGAAUAUUGUUCUUGAAAAUACUAAUUUUGCAAUGGAGAAUGACAUUGCUAAACAAGAUGAAAAACAUGAAGAAAGUUCUUCAGCUGAUAAAAGUGUGGAUGAUUCUAGAAUUAAGAAAAAUGGGGAUGAAAUUAGUCAGAAAAUUCCUGAGGAAACUAAGAAAGAAGAGGUCAAGCCUUUGACUGAUAAGGAUAAUACAGAAGCAGUUGAAAAAAAUAACUCUAUCGUAGACACUGAAAAUGAUUGGUAUAAUAAAAAGAUUGAGAUGAAAGUGAUCACUGUGAAAGAAAGACUUUCCAAAUUAGCUCGUGUGCUGGAGUAUUCCUAUCCAUGUUAUAAAAAAUGGUUAGAGAGGAUGGAAACUUUUAAUGGAAUUCCUGUUUGCAAAUUAGAGCCAGCGAGGCGCUGCACCCUCGAAAAACCGCAUAUCAAUCGUUGGAAGUUCAUUUGCAGCAGAAAGCCUGUACAGGAGUCGACAGAGAAGGAGAAGGAGGACAGCGCUGAUGUGACUGUUAACAAGAAUGUACGAACAGUCUGGCGGCUGGGUCCGAGUGGUGUAUGGGGUGCUAAUAUCGAUAAUGCCUCAGAAUUUCCACCUUUUGUAAUGCGUGCUGUUAAGAUAUUUGAGGACUUCAUCCAAAGUAUUGAUCAGAAUACUAAAGAGUCGGCUUCUGUUGAUGAAACCACUGCAAAUGAUGAAAACUCUGCUGAAACUCCAAAGUCCGAGGAAGCUAAAGGAAAUGAUGAGGAUUCUGUUACUGAAGCUAAACAGCAGUGGUUAUGGCUUUUGGUUCGAUCCAAUCGUCUCGAUGAAUUAAUGCUUUUUGCAACUGGUAAAAAUAUAAGCCGCUCAACUAUGGAUGACUUGAAGCAAGUUUUCGAAACUGGGCCUGGAAAGGAUUGCAAUGUUAAAUCUCUUUAUUGCAAAUCAAUAAUGAGAGUUGAAAACACGUCGAACACGACCACAACAUUUUUAGUGGGCUCUGAAGCAUUGGACGAAACUGUGGGUGGCAUAAAAAUACAAUUAGCACCAAAAACAAAUUUCUGGUCUAAUGCAGCUGGAGCAGAAAAUUUAGGUAAAGCCGUUGCAGAUCUGCUAUCACCAACGCCAAAAACAACAGUGGUUGAAAUUGGUUGUGGAAUUGGGCUCAUUGGAUUAAUGUUGGCAUCCAAAUGCCAAAAAGUUAUUGGUUUUGAUACACCGUCAGAAGUGGAGGAAGCAGAAAUGACGAGUGAAUUAAAUGAUAUAAAAAAUGCUUCUUUCGUAAUGGGUCAACCGUCUGAAGUAAUUCCUACUAUUGCAAAAGUAUUGACUAAUACCAAAGCAGCUGCCAUCAUAAACACGAAUACAAAUAUCGGCCGAGCAAUUGAAGUGAUGACGGGACUUCGGAAGAUAAAUUCGCUACGACGCCUCGUAAUGGUAACUACUUUGACAAAACAUUCUGUCCGCGCUAUAUUAGAAUUAACAAGGCCAGCUGAUCAAGGUCUUGGUAAUCCAUUUAUGCCAAUCCGAGCAUGUGUGGUAGAUACAUUACCGGUGGGACCCCACUUUGAAGUUGUAAUAUUAAUGGAACGUCGAGUGAUGAAUAAGUUCCCUCAAGCUCACGCACAGAAAAAUCUCAAUGGCCAAAUGAGUGGUCAUUUGGAAUCAACACAGGGAUCAGUAUCAGCGAAUACACAGAAUCAUAAUAAUCCAGGAAAGAAAGUGAAAAUGAAUCCGAACAAAGCCGGUUUUGCACAGCAGAAGCAGGGUGCAUCUGUUAAAAAGCAAAUGAAUAGAACUGUUGCGAAAGGUGUUUUGGCAUCGAAAAAGGGAAAAGCUUUUAUACCAGGCAAUAAGAAAACCCCACCAAUGAAAAAUGUAAAUCCAAAAAUCCCGCAAGUGAAAGGGAAGUUGAAAGGAAAGAGAGUUCAUUCUCCGGAACGGCCUCACAUACCUCCCAAAAAAUUCAUGAAAAAAUAUGACAAGUUUAAUUUCAAGCCACAAUGGCAGCCUGGUAACUUUGGUGGAAAUCAAAAGGUACAAGAGAAUAAAUACAUUCAUGGUAAAGAAAAGACACCUGUAAUGCCCAGGGAAGGACCUAUGAAACGUAAACGAGAUUGGAUCGAGGAAGGACCUGGUCCUAGUUCUGUUCCUAUGAGUGAUAGAAGAAGUAGAGAACUGAAGGAUCAGGGCGAUCUACGAGAAAGAUUAUCCAAUAAUAGAAUCGAGCCUGACCUUCUUCAGAAAGUCAAAGAGCAACAAUUCCUUUUGGAUAUGGCUAAACAGAAAUUAAGUGGUCCCAUUCCAUCAGUAGACGUAGCUACUGCUAAACAAUUACAAAACAUGUUGAGCAUGGUUCUUGAGGAGACAAAUAAGUUACAAAAUCAACUUCCUCGAUCUGUCUGGGAUCGUAUUGCACCACCGGAGAAUAUAGAACAUUCUCCAGUUCCCAAUGUACCUCCGCAAAAUGAUCCUCUACUAAAGGGUCGUUAUGUGCAGGAAAUGGGUACUCAAGAUAUAUUGAUCACUACAGCAAAUCGCGAAUUCUUACAAUCAAAUGAAAUGGCACAAAGAGAAGGUUAUAAGAAAUAUAAUGCACCGGGAAUGGCAAUGCCAUCAGGUCCUAGACAAGAUCCUGUAUCGAAUUUUCAAAAUCCAAUGCCUGAACGCUUUAAUCCCCAGGAUUACCGUAAACCACCAAAUUAUGAAAAUCAGUGGAAUAGGCAGCCUGAGAAAAAUUAUUGGAACGAGUUCCCUUCUUUGAAGAGAGACGUAUCUCCUCUGAGAAGACCAAUAUCUCCUCCAAAACAUCAUAUGCCUGCUAUGAAUAGACUGUCACCAAAACGUCCGCUCUUGUCUUUACCUCGGCGACCAUAUUCACCUCCACGAAGGCAUAUAUCUCCCCAACAGUCACAAUUUAAACAGCAUGCUUCUUCAAUGAGACGUCAGUUAUCACCGCUAAGACGUGAAAUAUCGUCACCCUGUAAAGAGAUAUCGCCAAGCAGCCGUCAAAUGUCUCCACCAAGAAGAGGAAUUUCACAAUCAAGACGAGAAAUAUCACCCCAGGGUCGACGUAUCCCAUCGCCAAGACGAGGAAUAUCUCCAAAUCAAAGACCCCCGAUAUCUCCUUCAAGGAGACAAUUGUCGCCUCCUCGAAGAGUGGCUGACGAAUGGGACAUUCCUACUAGAGGUGCUGUUGAGCAAGGUGUAUGGCAACGAUCCAAUGAGCGCGUCCCAGAAAAGCUUUGGCGCAAUGACAGACCAUCGCCAUCGACUUCUAACUGGGAUCAUAGUUCAAGUAAUGAUAGAUACCGUAAACCUACCAACCAGGAUAAAUGGAAUGCAAAGGAAUCUGGUCAGGAAGGAUUGUGGAUGGGUGGUGGUGGUGGUGAUGUGUGGAAUUCUAAACAAACCAUGGCAAAACAACCCAAUAAGGAACAAUGGACACCUGGUAAUGAUAAUAGAUGGCAAAACUCAGCUGCUGGAUCUAGUGGAGAUAACUGGAAUAUUAGAGGAAAAGAUUCAUUCACAAAACCUAAUACAGAUGUAUUUAUAAAACCUAAUUCACGCGAUAAUCCUUGGAUGGAUAAUAAUAAGCCUAGAUGGGAACCAUCAUCUUCUAAGGAUUCGUGGAAUCAGGCAGACAAAGAAGAUUGGAAUGAUCUUCCUGAGGAUGCUAAAGAUCCUUGGGGUGAUGAUGGGAACGUCGGGUUGAAAGAUCGAUGGCAGAAAUUUGAUAAUUUAAGUAAUACACCUUCAUGGAAUAGAGAUAAUGAAUCUGGGGAUUCUUGGAUAAAAUCAAAUGAAAGCUGGCAAAGUAAUAAGGGUAUGUCGAUGAAUAAUAAACCCCAAUGGCAAACAAUGUCGAAUCAAAAUACAAAUGAAUCUCGUUGGACUUCUGCAGCUGAUAUAGCUAAGAAAAAUCUAGGAUCAGGCAAUUGGCCAACUACGACCAACGUCGGUUCCUGGCAACCACAAGGUUACCCUGGUUUCCAGCAACAACGAAACUUCGCAAGCAACACAUUUAAAGACAGGCGUUAGCUGAAUUCCUAAUGAUGUUUCCCUGGGUGUUUUGUGACAUUGAUGUUUCAUUAUGGACCAUAAAGUGUUACUAGAUUUACAUCACAUUUAUUAUAGCUUAGUAUAAGUUUGAUUAUACGUUUCUCAGUGUAUUUAUCAUUAUUUAAGUUAAUGAUACUGAUCAGUUAAUUUUUUUUUAAGGUGAUGGUAGAGAAAUGAUGUAUUGUUAGUGGCUAUCUAUGAGUCAUAUAUAUUUGUUUUUGUUUACAAGUACUACAAUGCUGAUACCACUAGUGUCUAUCAAUAUUUUUGAUCUUUUUUUUUAACAUUAUUCUUACAUUGUAUCCAAGUUACUACCAAAAUGAUUAUGUUAUAUAGUGUAACAUUACUGGAAAAUCUAUUAUUAAGUAUGAGAAAUUAUAAACCAUAUAUUACUGUAUCGUACCUUAUUAUCAUAUAGUGGAGAUGACUGAACAUUUCUACGUAAAGCGUUUAGUGCUUCUCCAUUUCAUAAAUACUCUGUAACUCUAAAUAUCUAAGAUGGUGUAAAGCAGAGCGACUACAAUUAUGUUUCAAUGAUUUUGAGUUAUAAUGCAAAUAAGUUAUGAUUCUGUGUAUGAGAUCACUUAAUUGUAUGCUUUUACCUAAAAUUUAUAUAUUACUCUCCUUUUCCCUUUAACUAUUUGGAACUCAAUAACAACUAUUAAAAAUUAUUAAACUGAUUAUUUAGAUGAUAAUUCUAUAUUAUUUGUUUAAACAAAAAGUUAAUUGGCCCACAAAUUUGGAAAGGAUAACUGUAUUAUAUUCUGGUUACUGCAAUUUACUCGUUACCCAUUGCAUGCAUACUUAAUAUAUUAUUGUAACUA